CUGUGUCUGAAAAGCUACAGAUCUGGCCAUCCCAUUCCCUCCGCCCAGGCCUCAAGGCAAUGCUGGAGUCAUUCCUUGGAGGCCAUUCUUUACGACGACUAAUCAUGAUUUUAUAAAUAUAACAGAAAAUGUUACAAUGAAAUCCUUUUUCUGACCGCCCUUGUUCGCUUCCAUUUUCUCCCUCUGCAAUUUCGCUCUUCUUCUGAGCGGGGUGCGCUCCUCCGUUCUCCAUCAAUGGCAUUUCACCGGCGCCGUCUCCACUAUCACCAGCGCUUUCGCUGUCUGGUUCCUUUCAUUUCUGCCAUCGCUGCUGCUUUGCUCAUUCUCUUCGCUCUUCUCUCCCUUUUAGCUCCUUCCCCCGUCGAUACCGCUCAUCUUCACCGGAGCCGCCGCCAAUCCUCGUUCGAAGCCGAAGCAGAUGACGCGAUUGGAGUACUCUCGUUUAGCAUUCCGACCGAUGGAGGAAAGUUAGAUCGCGAUGUCUGGAGCACUAGAAAUUCCGAGUUUUUCUAUGGCUGCAGCAAUGCAAGCACCAAGUUUCCAAAAGCUGAAGUGAUUACGCAACCUAAUCGAUAUUUGAUGAUUGCAACUAGUGGAGGUUUGAAUCAGCAAAGAACAGGGAUAACAGAUGCUGUUGUUGCUGCACGAAUUUUGAAUGCCACUCUUGUUGUUCCAAAGUUGGACCAAAAAUCUUAUUGGAAAGAUUCUAGUAACUUCUCACAGAUCUUUGAUGUUAAUUGGUUUAUCUCCUAUCUGAAAAACGAUGUCAAAAUUAUCAAGCAACUCCCUAGAAAGGGAGGGAAAACGUUAACUCCAUACACCAUGCGUGUUCCAAGGAAGUGUAAUGAAAGAUGCUAUAUAAACCGUAUAGUACCUGUACUUCUGAAGAAGCGAGCUGUCCAGCUCACCAAGUUUGACUAUAGGCUUUCUAACAGGUUAAGUACAGAUUAUCAAAAGUUGAGAUGUAGAGUUAAUUACCAUGCUUUAAGGUUUACUGACCCAAUAUCAGCAAUGGGUAAAAAGUUGGUCAGUCGAAUGAGGAGGAGAAGCAAGCAUUAUAUUGCGCUGCACCUGAGAUUUGAACCUGAUAUGCUUGCAUUUUCUGGAUGUAACUAUGGUGGAGGAGAGAAAGAGCAGAAGGAACUGGGGGCGAUAAGGAGGAGGUGGAAGACAUUACAUAGGAACAAUCCUGACAAGGCAAGGAGGCAGGGAAGAUGCCCAUUAACCCCGGAAGAAGUUGGUCUCAUGCUAAGAGCGUUGGGGUAUGGUGCCGAUGUUCACAUAUAUGUAGCAUCAGGGGAAGUCUAUGGUGGGGAAGAAACAUUGGCUACUCUCAGAGCGCUAUUUCCUAACUUCCAUACAAAAGAGACUAUUGCCACCAAGGAAGAAUUAGAACCAUUUUCUUCAUUUUCUUCUCGCAUGGCUGCACUUGACUUCAUUGUUUGUGACGAAAGCGAUGUAUUUGUGACAAACAACAAUGGAAAUAUGGCAAAAAUAUUAGCUGGGCGAAGGAGAUACUUUGGGCACAAACCAACUAUUCGUCCAAAUGCUAAAAAACUCUAUCGGUUGUUCCUGAGCAGAACUAACAUGACUUGGGAAGCUUUUGCUUCCGGAGUUCGUACUUUCCAGAGAGGCUUCAUGGGAGACCCAAAGGAAGUUAGACCGGGAAGGGGUGGGUUUCACGAGAAUCCCUCUACCUGUAUAUGUGAAGAUUCUGUGGCCAAUAAAAAUAUAAUUUCUGGACCAAGGAAGUUUGGGAAGGAUGUGAGCAAGAGAAAUUUUGUAAAUGGAGACCCUAAUGCUGACAAUGAGCCUGAUAAUGACGAUGAUGAAGAUCAGAAUGAUAUCCAGGAGAUGGGUAUGUUCAAUGAAACCAUUUCGGAUUAUGAAGCUCUGAACUCUGAUGAUAAUGAGCUCGAGGAAAUUCUUUCUGAUUAGUGAAGCUGGCCAGACUAAGCAUUGCUGGACAUGGACGCUUUCAUUAUGACUUUUUCCCGCUUCGCAUCCCCUUGAAUGGCUACUGCCUGAGCCAAAAAUGCAAUAUCAAAUCCAGGCAUAUCGGAAAAUGAAAAUGUGUGCAUAUCUUUCUUAACAACGCAGGAGCGUGUGAAAAUAUACCAGGAGCAUGUUGUACGUCCAAAGGACAUAAUAGCGCCUCAUUUUGAAGAUGGACCGUGUUGGGACUUGGUAUUUCCAUUUGUGAAAAUAUGCCAGGAUCAGAAGUGAGCAUUGGGAAUGGGAAUGAACGUAAGUAUAAGUUGAGAGCUUUACUGUAUUGCGUUUGAUAUACUGUAUAUCUUCGUUCAUAAAAUUCAUCUCAGUUGAUACUGUAUGUAUAUUCCUUCUCCCGGCCCCCUUUUUUAGAGCCUCUCGGGGGAGCCUUACCCUAUGAGCUGACCUAGUUUUCUG